AUGGCGAUGAUAAGAUUUUCGUUUCCAUCUCCCGCCAAACUUCCUGUUAAAUCUCAACCGUCCGUUUCAAAUCGGAUUAACAUCGCCGACCGUUUGAUCCUCCGUCAUCUCAAUGCCGGAGAUCUCCGUGGAGCGGUUUCAGCUCUUGAUCUCAUGGCUCGUGAUGGGAUCCGUCCCAUCGAUUCCGUCACUUUCUCAUCACUCCUCAAGUCGUGUAUCCGAGCACGCGAUUUUCGUCUCGGGAAGCUCGUUCACGCUCGGUUAGUUGAGUUUGAAAUCGAGCCUGACUCGGUUCUAUACAAUUCGUUGAUCAGCUUGUAUUCGAAAUCUGGAGAUUCGGCGAAAGCUGAGGAUGUGUUUGAGACUAUGGGAAGAUUUGGUAAGCGAGAUGUUGUUUCGUGGAGUGCGAUGAUGGCUUGUUUUGGUAACAACGGUAGAGAGUUAGAUGCGAUUAGGCUUUUUGUUGAGUUUCUUGAGUUGGGUUUGGUGCCUAAUGAUUAUUGUUACACUGCGGUGAUACGAGCUUGUUCAAAUUCGGAAUAUGUUGGAGUCGGGAGAGUGAUUUUGGGGUUUUUGAUGAAGACUGGGCACUUUGAAUCCGAUGUUUGUGUUGGUUGUUCUUUGAUUGACAUGUUUGUGAAAGGGGAUAAUAAUCUUGAGAGUGCGUAUAAGGUGUUUGAUAAAAUGUCUGAACUAAAUGUUGUUACUUGGACUUUGAUGAUUACUCGGUGUAUGCAGAUGGGGUUUCCUAGAGAAGCAAUUAGAUUUUUCUUGGACAUGGUUUUAAGCGGAUUUGAAUCAGAUAAGUUCACACUAAGCUCUGUGUUUUCGGCGUGUGCUGAGCUGGAAAAUCUGUCCCUCGGAAAACAGUUGCAUUCUUGGGCUAUUAGAUCGGGACUCGCCGAUGAUGUCGAGUGUAGUUUAGUUGAUAUGUAUGCGAAAUGUUCUGUGGAUAGUUCGGUAGAUGAUUGCAGAAAGGUAUUUGAUAGAAUGCAGCAUCAUAGUGUUAUGUCAUGGACGGCAUUGAUUACAGGUUAUAUGCAAAACUGUAAUCUCGCUGCAGAGGCUAUUAAUCUCUUUUGUGAAAUGAUAACCCAAGGUCAUGUCGAGCCAAAUCAUUUCACUUUCUCAAGUGCUAUCAAGGCGUGUGGAAAUAUUUUGGAUCCACGGGUAGGUAAACAGGUUCUUGGUCAUGCUUUCAAAAGAGGACUUGCUUCUAAUAGCAGUGUUGCAAACUCUGUUAUUAGCAUGUUUGUUAAAUCUGACAGGAUGGAAGAUGCUCGGAGAGCUUUUGAAUCUCUAUCUGAGAAGAAUUUGGUCUCAUAUAACACCUUUCUUGACGGGACCUGCAGGAACUUGGAUUUUGAGCAAGCUUUUGAGCUUUUAAAUGAGAUCACUGAGAGAGAAUUAGGUGUUAGCGCUUUCACAUUUGCUAGCUUGUUGACUGGAGUUGCAAGUGUUGGUUCAAUAAGAAAAGGAGAGCAAAUCCAUUCCCAGGUGCUUAAACUGGGGCUGGCGUGCAAUCAACCCGUCUGCAACGCGUUGAUAUCUAUGUAUUCCAAAUGCGGAAGCAUUGACACAGCUUCCCAAGUCUUCAAACUAAUGGAAGAUCGUAAUGUUAUCUCGUGGACUUCAAUGAUCACUGGUUUCGCGAAACAUGGAUCCGCUCAAAGGGUGCUCGAAACGUUCAACCAAAUGACGGAAGCAGGCGUGAAGCCAAACGAGGUCACUUAUGUUGCAAUCUUAUCUGCAUGUAGUCACGUUGGUUUGGUCUCUGAAGGAUGGAGACAUUUCAAAUCAAUGUAUCAAGACCACAAUAUCAAACCUAAGAUGGAGCACUACACUUGUAUGGUUGAUCUUCUAUGUCGAGCCGGGCUUCUCACAGACGCAUUUGACUUCAUUAACACAAUUCCCUUCCAAGCCGAUGUUUUAGUAUGGCGUACGUUUCUUGGAGCUUGUAAAGUUCACAGUAACACAGAACUUGGAAAGAUGGCUGCGAGGAAGAUCUUAGAACUCGAUCCAAAUGAGCCUGCAGCUUAUAUACAGCUCUCAAACAUAUACGCUAGUGCAGGGAAAUGGGAAGAAUCUACGGAGAUGAGGAAGAAGAUGAAAGAGAGAAACUUGGUUAAAGAAGGAGGUUGCAGUUGGAUAGAAGUGGGAGAUAAGGUUCAUAAGUUCUACGUAGGUGAUACGUCUCACCCGAAUGCUCACCAAAUAUAUGAUGAAUUGGAUCGGUUGAUUACAGAAAUAAAACGCUGUGGAUAUGUUCCUGAUACGGAUCUUGUUCUUCACAAGCUAGAGGAAGAUGAUGAUGAUGCAAAGAAGGAGAGGUUACUGUCUCAGCACAGCGAGAAAAUUGCAGUUGCAUUUGGGCUAAUAAGCACUGCAAAAUCGAGACCGGUCAGAGUGUUCAAGAACUUACGGGUCUGCGGAGAUUGUCAUAACGCAAUGAAAUACAUAUCGACGGUCUCUGGUAGAGAGAUUGUGUUAAGAGAUUUGAAUCGUUUCCAUCAUUUCAAAGACGGGAAAUGUUCUUGUAAUGAUUAUUGGUAAGUUUGAGAUUAAUACACAAAUGAGAGAGAGGCGUUCUCAUUUGAUGAAA